GGCUGCCGGCCGCACCGCGCAGGCGCAAGAGCCCUUCCAGCAGAGGCCCCGCCCCCUCCUGCCGCGGCGCGAGGCCCCGCCCACCCCCCCUCCCUGGCCGAGGCUCCGCCCCCUCCCUCCCUUUCCCGCCGCCGCCAUGAGCGGGUGGGCGCCGUACGUGGAGACGCUGCUGGCGGACGGGACCUGCCAAGACGCCGCUAUCGUCGGCUAUCGCGAUACCCCCGCCGUCUGGGCGGCCGCCCCCGGCAAGACCUUCGCUAAUAUCACGGCGGCGGAGGUGAGCGCGCUGGUGGGGAAGGAGCGGGGGCCGCUGCUGGUGAACGGCCUGACGCUGGGGGGGCUGCGCUGCUCCGUCAUCCGCGACUCGCUGCUGGUGGAGGGCGAGCACAGCAUGGACCUGCGCACCAAGAGCGCCGCCGGGGCCCCCACCUUCAACAUCACCGCCACCAUCACCAACAAGACGAUAGUGCUGGUGAUGGGGAAGGAGGGCGUCCACGGCGGCUGCGUCAACAAGAAAUGCUACGAGAUGGCCAAUCACCUGCGGCGCUCCCAGUACUGAGGGGACCCCCCCGGGACCCCCCCCCGGGACCACCGGGACCCUCCAGGGACCACCGGGACCCCCCAGGGACCAGCAGGAUUUCCAGGACCCCCUCCUCCCCCAGCCCCCUUGCCCCCACCACCCCCCCCCCCGCACCCCGCUGCCGGCAGCAAUAAAAGACGCCUCGUGGGGA